AUGCACGAUUGGCUAGUUAAUUACCUAUCCGAGUCAAGAACCGUUGUGGUUCCAAUGCCCUUCACCACCUACACCUACAUAGCCGAUCCGGCUAAUGUAGAACAUGUUCUUAAAACCAACUUUGCAAACUACCCAAAGGGGGAAGUGUAUCAUUCAUAUAUGGAGGUGUUGCUUGGGGAUGGUAUUUUCAAUUCAGAUGGUGAAAAUUGGAGGAAACAAAGAAAAACAUCAAGUUUUGAGUUUGCUUCUAAGAACUUAAGGGACUUUAGCACUGUGGUUUUUAGAGAGUAUAGCCUCAAACUCUCUUCUAUUCUAAGUCAAGCAGCCUUUGACCAUCAACAACUAGACAUUCAGGAAUUAUUGAUGAGGAUGACUUUGGACUCCAUAUGUAAGGUAGGAUUUGGAGUAGAGAUAGGGACAUUAAGUCCUAACUUACCCGACAAUCGGUUCGCCAAAGCAUUCGACGCUGCAAACAUUAUAGUCACUCUUCGGUUCAUCGACCCUUUAUGGAAAAUUAAAAAGUUUCUAGGUGUCGGUUCCGAAGCUGUUCUUGACCAAAGCAUCAAGAUCAUCGAUGAUUUUACGUAUUCGGUCAUCCAUAGAAGAAAGAAAGAGAUAGAAGAAACUCAAGAGAUUCCUAAUAAUGGCAAGAUAAAGCAUGAUAUAUUAUCAAGAUUCAUCGAGUUAGGAAAAGACCCCGAAAACAACAUCAACGACAAGAGUCUAAGAGACGUUGUAUUGAACUUUGUGAUCGCUGGAAGAGACACGACAGCAACGACUCUUUCUUGGGCCAUUUACAUGAUCAUGACUCAUGAUCAUGUUGCGGAGAAACUGUACGAAGAACUCAAAUCUUUUGAGAAAGAUCGAGCCGAAGAAGAGAAUGUAUGUUUAAAACCUUGUGAAACACAAGAUCCUGAAUCUUUUGACCAAAGAACAAAGCAGUUUGCUGAGCUUAUGAGUUAUGAUACGUUGGGAAAGUUGUAUUAUUUGCAUGCUGUCAUCACAGAAACACUUCGGUUGUAUCCUGCUGUACCUCAAGACCCGAAAGGAAUAUUGAACGAUGAUAUUUUGCCCGAUGGAACGAAAGUAAAAGCGGGUGGUAUGGUAACAUAUGUUCCUUAUUCAAUGGGUCGAAUGGAGUACAAUUGGGGCCCCGAUGCAAACGAGUUUAAACCAGAAAGAUGGCUUAAAGACGGGUUAUUCCAAAACGCAUCUCCAUUCAAGUUCACUGCAUUUCAAGCGGGCCCACGAAUAUGCCUCGGCAAAGACUCGGCAUACCUGCAAAUGAAAAUGGCGCUCGCUAUUUUGUGUAGAUUUUUCAAGUUUGAAUUGGUAGAAGGGCAUGCGGUGGAGUACAGAAUGAUGACAAUUUUAUCGAUGAAAAAUGGAUUAAAGAUUAAAGUUUCAACACGUUCAUAAGAACUCUUAAUGACAUUUUGAUUAUAUACUAAGGUAGUAAUUUGGUGUUUUGGUUCCUCUAGUCUUCAGUUUCACCGUCUACUAUUGAUGUAACACAAA